CCUGCAAAGCUUCUUUCACUCUCAUCAGAAAUGCGAUGUCUCACCGCUGCAUGAAGCUCACACUUGACUUACUGACUUUAAGGAAUAAGCCACAUCAGCUCACGUCAGUGGAUGAUGAACGAGUUCAUCAUCAUCAUCUUUAGAGCUUUUUCUUCAAGAAGGACAUUUUUAACUUCCUUGGACUCCAGCCCUUUGAGCCUCUUCACAUCUACAUGCAGUGGCUUUAGCAGUUGUCAGUGAUGUCAUCGCUACUUUCGCAUAACAAGGAUCAGCUCCACAUGUCGCCCUCUGACUCCGCUCCGGCUUCAUCCACGGCCCCCGGCAGGAGCCUGAGGCACGAGAGGCUGUCCAGACUGAGUUCAUCUGGGACGUCCGACGCCUCCAAUAACACGCCGAUGAACCAUGCAGAAUCCUACUUCUCCAGGAGGGACAACCGGCUGUCUGCGAGGAAAAGGGUAGAAGAAGAGAAUGUGAACGAUGACUAUAAGAAGAUGUAUGAAAAGGCCCUCGCCACCAAUCAGAGGCUCAAGUCCAGGCUGGAGACGAGUAAACAGGAACUCGCCAUGAUUCAGGAGCAGCUGCAUAGAGCUCAGAAUGGACGGCAGGGAGGAUAUGGAUCCAACACGCUCGAGGCAGAAAAGAAGGAAAGCGUGAGUCUUACAAAGAAGAUCACAGAUAUGGAAGAGCAGCUGAAGGUUAAAGCUGACCUUAAGACUGAAAACCAGAAACUGAAGGAUGAGAAUGGAGCUUUAAUUCGAGUCAUCACUAAACUCUCCAAGUGAUUUAAAUGUGUACUUUACGAGCAUUUUGUUUUACGUUUUUAUAUGUGUUCCGUGGCUAGACACAGUUUUCACAUGUGCUCACACUAUCAAAGUAUAUUUUAAAAUUAAUUAAAAAUCUAUACAAUUAUUUCUUAAAUGUUUUACAUAAAAAACAACAUUUUACAUUUCAGUGUUGACAGUGACUGACAUCAAUAAAUUGUAAAGUGAUCAAACUGGAGAAUCACAUCAUGAAUUAUGCCUCACAUAUACAGUAAAUGGGCCAAAUGUUGCAGGUAGACUUUCGCAGUGGUGUUGCCAUGGAAACUGCAGCGUUUGGUGCAUUGCAUGUGCAGACCAGAAAAACUGGCUCCGAGCUGUCGCCGGCAGCUGAUGAUGAAUGAGUUGCGCUUCUCAGGAACGCGGGAGCGUCAUUCCUGAUUGAGGAGCCGUCUCCUCGAGUAUGACAUCACUAAUCGAAGCCUCUCAGAGAGUUCGGAUCUCAGCGUGAGCGACGCCUCGUCAAAGUCAGCCGCUAGGAGAUCAGUCACGCGGCAACGCGCUGUCAUUAGCGCCGACGUUUGUUUAUUAAUGGUCAUUAUGGCGAGUGAUCAUAUCGCAUAAUUCACGUCUGUAGUUGAGGUGAAGCGGUGAAAAUGAAAUCCAUCGGCUGCUGUUUGCAAGUAAUUUGAUGGCCAGAUGGGAUCCCUUCAAAACUGUAAUAAUCGUUGUCAAUUAUGUAAGUUCUAUUAAAAACAUUAAGAUUAAACUGAAGAACGUCC